AUGGGCGACGCCAAGAUCAUUGCCUGUCGUGCUCGGGUCCUCGACUGCAACAUGUUUCCUCAAAUCAUCGAUACAAUCAUCGAAUACGCAUCCAAUGCCUCACUCCAAGCUAUGCGUGUCAACAAGGGGUUUCGCGCUUUCAUCGACUCGCACUUGGCAUACCACCUCGUGGUCUCCAAGCUCCGCCGCGAGGAUGGCGGUCCUUUGAAUCGCUAUGAAGUGAGCUCGAGCCGCGGCGUCGUUGGGCAGAUAACCUUCACGGCUGAGACGGCAACAGUCCUGGCCGCAAGCUACUUCCGCUCUGCGCGUGUUCUCGAUAUCUCGAUUGCUGCCAAGUGGCCCUCGAUGAUGCCUGCGCUUGUGCGUGCGUGCCCCGAUGCCGCGUUCCGCUUCAAGCUGCACACCGACUUGCGCCACCUGAACUUCAGCAACGCAACUGUUGUGCUGCUUGGAGAGGAUAAGCCAGUCUCCGUUGCAGGCUACUUGGCCUAUGGCAUUGACGAGGUUAGGGGUGUAGACACGCUCGUUGUUCAUAUUCGUGCCCCGGGCAGGCGCGACGACAUGUUCGACUUGAACGUCAAGCACCUCGUCCUCGUGUUGCACCCCUGGCCGUCUGUCGGGAUCGAGAGGCACUUCCACAUCGUCGAGGCCGUCAUCCGCGAUCAGCUGGGCGUAUUCUGGGAUCUGCUCUGGGCGGGGUUCGUCAACCGUAUCCCCGUGACUGUGAUCUCAGUGGAGUCCGAGCCCCACCCGCGCAUUGCGGAGUACAAGGAGUUUGACCUCGGAGUGAGCAUAAGGGAGGUGUUGACGCUUCGGCGUUCGAACCUGGGCCUUCCGGAAAGUUCGCCUCUGCCUCGUUUCUUCAGCCUCGACGAGUACAAACACGAGGUCGGUAACGAGACGUAUCAGAUUCAUAUAAAUAGUGGAUUCAUCGACCGCCCUCACAACACGCUUGUCAAGUUCCGCGAGUAG